GUAACCGCCACCGUCACCACCAACUGCAUCAGUAGCAGUACCAGCCUGAGCGGCAGCGGCCCCCUCAAAGUGGCCCUGAGUGAGGGCUGGCUGGUGGCUUCGGAGCAGCAUGCGCAUGUCGUACUGAGCACCUGCGGGGGCAUCAUAGAUGAGCUGUCAGGCGUAGGGCCGGUGGAGAAGCUCAUGAGCAGCCCCCGCCUGGCGCCCAGUCUGGCAUGCAUGCAGGCAGUGCUGCUGGCCUGCUCCGACCACGACCCCCUCCACGCGCCCGCCUUCGAGCUGGCCUGCCGCACCUGGGCGCUCAUGGUGCGGGUGCUGGAAAAGGGCCUGCCCGCCUACCUGUCCCGCCCCGCCUGCCGCCCCGCCGUACCGCCCCUGCUGGCGCUGCUGCGGCUCUGCUGGUACUUCCUGCUGCAGGCGCCCCCAGGUCGCGCCCCCGCCCCCCGCCUGCUCCGCGCCUGGCUGCCCGCCCUGAUGCGCUGGCUACCCGCCCUCGCCUCCCUCCACCAGCCUCCCCCUCCUCCUCCUGCUCCUGUUCCUCCUCCCUGCCUGGAGGUGUCCCUGCUGGUGGGUUCCCUGGAGCUGAUGAUGGGCACGGUGCGGGACAUGGGGCCGCUGGGGCAGGAGGCGCUGGCGGCGGCUAGGGAGGUGCUGAGGGGGGCGGUGGGAGGAGGAGGAGGAGGUGGGGGGCAGCAGCAGCAGCUGGGGGCGGGUGUGAGGGCCCGACUGGCGGCGUUGUUCCCA